GAACAAGGGUCAGCUGAGGUGGGAAAAAUAUUUUUGUCAACUCAUUCUUCUGUUCUAUUCUGUCGUUCGUCUUCCACCUCAAACCCCCCAAUCAAUUCAAAACCAAGAGGGAGAGAGGGCCAAAACCCUAAACUCUCUCCCUCUCUUGGAUUUUGUUUUUCGAUUUCGGUUUGCCCUGCAUUAAUCAACCUGGUCAAAACCCUAAUUUGAUUCAAUUGGAAGAUGAGCAGUCAAAUGGGUCCUCCUCCUCCAAAGAGAACCAGUUUGACCCAAAAACGAGGCCCAUCCACAGCCAGGAAAUUAUCAUCCUCAUCGGCGUCUCUAGCUUCUGAGAAUGGCGGCACAACAACCACCAACAUCUCCCAAGUCGGCAACUCCUCCAAGCCCUCCUCUCCUAACGCUCCAUCGUCUGUGGGAGGGGAAAGGACAGUGAAGAAACUGAAGUUAUCGAAAGCACUAACAAUCCCGGAGGGAACCACAGUAUUUGAUGCUUGUAGGAGAAUGGCAGCUCGUCGUGUCAAUGCUGUUUUAUUGACUGAUGCUAAUGCGUUGCUUUCUGGGAUUGUUACUGACAAGGACAUUUCGGCGAGAGUAAUCGCGGAGGGGUUGAGGCCGGAGCAUACAAUAGUGUCAAAGAUUAUGACAAGAAAUCCUAUUUUUGUCACAUCGGAUUCAUUAGCCAUCGAAGCGCUACAGAAGAUGGUGCAGGGCAAGUUCAGGCACCUCCCUGUAGUGGAGAAUGGUGAAGUUAUUGCAUUGCUGGAUAUAACAAGGUGCCUCUAUGAUGCUAUAUCUAGAAUGGAGAAGGCUGCUGAGCAGGGGAGUGCCAUCGCUGCUGCUGUUGAAGGGGUGGAGCGUCAGUGGGGAAACAAUUUUACUGCUCCAUAUGCUUUCAUAGAAACUCUGAGGGAGCGGAUGUUCAAGCCUUCCUUGUCAACAAUUAUUGGUGAACAGUCAAAGGUUGCAAUUGCUUCACCAUCAGAUCCUGUCUAUGCUGCUACAAAAAAGAUGCGGGAGUUGCGGGUUAAUUCAGUUAUUGUUGUGACCGGGAACAAAAUUCAGGGGAUACUCACUUCAAAGGAUAUUCUCAUGCGAGUUGUGGCACAAAAUCUUUCUCCUGAGUUGACUCUUGUGGAAAAGGUAAUGACACUGAACCCUGAAUGUGUAACAUUGGAAACAACAAUUCUCGAUGCAUUACAUGUAAUGCAUGAUGGGAAGUUUUUGCAUCUUCCUGUUGUGGAUAAGGAUGGGUCUGUUGCUGCAUGUUUAGAUGUUCUGCAGAUAACUCACGCAGCAAUUUCCUUGGUUGAAAGUAGCUCUGGAGCUGUUAAUGACGUGGCCAACACAAUGAUGCAAAAGUUCUGGGAUUCUGCUCUUGCUUUAGAACCAGCAGAUGAUUAUGACACCCAAAGUGAAAUGUCUGCACUAAUGGCAUCAGAUGCGACAGAACUGGGAAGGUAUCCGUCUCUUGGUCUUGGAAAUUCAUUUGCCUUCAAAUUUCAGGAUCUAAAAGGCCGAGUACAUCGACUCAACUGUGGCACUGAGAAUUUAAAUGAGCUUCUUUCUACUGUCUUGCAAAGGAUUGGUGCUGAUAAUGAGCAAGACCGACCCCAACUUUUGUAUGAAGAUGAUGAAGGUGAUAAAGUUUUGCUUGCAACUGAUGGUGAUCUCAUUAGUGCUGUUAACCAUGCUAGAUCAGGGGGUCUGAAGGUUUUAAGGCUGCACCUUGACUAUUAUGAUCCAAGUCAUCAAACAACAUCACCGUCGAGUACAACUACAACUACCACCCAGAGAGCUGGAUUGGUGUCUCUCCGCUCUGGCAUCUUGGCAGCUGGUGUUGUUUUAGCAGGCGUUGCUGUGGUCGUGUACUUAAAGCGCGCAAAAUUGUGAGAUUUUGUUGAGUCCUGUAAAUGAAGUAUAUGCUUAGAGGACUUUUGGAGUUGGUCCACUGGGGGGUUCUAACAACAUUUGAAGAUAUUUGUUGACCGGAGCUUGAAGGAAAAUUGAAGGUUAAACGUGAUUUUUGCUCAAUUAGAAAGAGGCGGAAGUGUAUUCUUAUCUUGCAUAUGCACGGAAUGCUGGGUACACAGAAGCACUAAAGGUGGUGAUAGGGUAUGUCAAUAUUAAUAUCCUGAUGACAUUCCAAGUGCACUGCAAUUUUUGCAGGGGAACCUCAACAGCUAAAAGCUAGAUCUUGUAUUAAGUUGUGGACACGAUACUUCAUCACUGUGUUUAGUUUGUUACCUACAAACAUUGUUCAAUCAAAUUCCUGUUACCUAACAACGGAAAAGAGGAAAUAGUUUCUCAUUA